AUGGUUUCUCUCUUUCCUAAAGUGAAGUCCAUUGAGGAUUUGAAUUCUUCCGCUGCUUACUUGCUGACUUCAACCCUAGCUGACGGUAACCCUUUCGGCGGCCCUCUUGUGUCGUGUGCUAACGGAGAGAUUGGGAAGAUAAGUUUGAAGCAUCAAAGACAAAAAGAGCGUGAAUUUCACCUUCUAAACGGUAACACGGUAAAAGCUCCGUUCAUGACCAGCAAGAACCGUCAAUUUGUGAAAACCUACGAUGGUUUUAAAGUGUUACGCAUUCCUUACAAACGUGGCAUGCACAUUCAUCGACGUUUUUCCAUGUACUUGUACCUUCCAAGUGCCAAUAAUGGAGUUUUGGAUUUGUUGAGAAAAAUUACCUCGAAACCUAGAUUUUUACAGCAUUAUUCGCCGCGUGAAAAAGUUGAAGUUGGUGAUUUCCUCAUUCCAAAGUUCAUGGUCUCAUCAAGGUUUGAAGUUGUGAGGAUUACAACUGAUCGACGCACAGUUUUCCAUUCUUCCGAAAGGAUCAACAUUUUCCAGGAAUCUUACAUAGAUGUUAAGGAAGAAGGAUCCGAAGCUGAAUCGUUCAACGAUGUUAGUGAAGAAAAAACAGUGGAAACUGUUGAUCCAUUGGUCAUUUCAAGAGUUCAUAAGACUAAGGAGAUACUAGAUGUUGUCGCUGAUCAACCAUUCCUGCUUCUAAUAGUAGAAGAUGUGAGCGAAGCAAUACUAUAUAUGGGUAGCAUGCUUAAAGUUAACCCUAUUGAGUGUUAA